CUAUCCCUUUCUCUCUCUAACUUUACUCUUUUUCUUUUUUCUCUCUCUCAUUCUUUGCCCUUUGUUGUCUCUUCACUUCUUUUUCUCCAUCACUUUGAUACCAAAAGCAACCACAACCCCUUUUGCUUUUUCUCCUCAAGGUUCCACUCUUGAGAACCUUAUCAGCAGAAAAUCCUAUCUUUCAUCAUCAGCUAACAUGAACCCUCUAGGGUUGAAGCAUUCAGAUGAAUCAGAUCUAAGGUUGUGAAUGGUUUUGGCAUUUUCAGGUUAUCCUUAAUGAGGUCUUUUUUAUCCUUUCUUAACCCUUAAGUUUUUCAACUGAUAAAGAUUUAGGGUUAAACAUACUUAAGACUCUGGUGUAUUUGAGGUUUAUUGAGCAUUAGUGUAGCUUGAGUUAUUUCUGAGAGAAGUUGAAGGGUUUUGGUUCAGUGUUUAUUUUUCUUGAGUGAGAACUAGUAGCCUUAAUAAUGCAGAGACCACCACAAGAAGAUUUUUCACUUAAGGAGACUAAACCCCACCUUGGUGGAGGGAAGGUCACGGGCGAUAAGCUUACUAGCACCUAUGACUUGGUUGAGCAAAUGCAGUAUCUUUAUGUUCGGGUGGUGAAAGCAAAGGACUUACCUGGGAAGGAUGUAACGGGUAGUCUUGAUCCUUAUGUUGAGGUUAGGCUCGGGAACUAUAGGGGUACGACCCGUCAUUUCGAGAAGAAGUCAAAUCCCGAAUGGAAUCAGGUGUUUGCUUUUUCCAAGGAUCGGAUUCAAGCUUCUGUACUUGAGGUGAGCGUGAAAGAUAAGGAUCUUGUUAAGGAUGAUUUUGUUGGUCGCUAUAUGUUUGAUUUGAAUGAGAUCCCAAAAAGAGUGCCCCCAGAUAGUCCUCUUGCUCCGCAGUGGUAUAGGUUGGAGGACAGAAAUGGUAACAAAGUUAAAGGAGAGCUGAUGUUGGCUGUUUGGAUGGGUACUCAAGCUGAUGAAGCCUUUCCUGAAUCUUGGCAUUCCGAUGCUGCGACUGUUAGUGGUGCUGAUGCUCUUGCAAAUAUAAGGUCUAAGGUGUACCUCUCACCAAAGCUGUGGUACCUUAGAGUUAAUGUGAUUGAGGCUCAGGACUUGAUUCCCGGUGACAGAAGUAGGUUUCCAGAAGUUUACGUGAAGGCCAUCCUUGGAAAUCAGGCAUUGAGAACCAGAGUUUCCAUGAGCAAGACUAUCAAUCCGAUGUGGAAUGAGGAUCUGAUGUUCGUAGCAGCAGAACCAUUUGAGGAGCCAUUGAUUUUGAGUGUGGAAGACAGAGUUGCACCAAACAAGGAUGAAGUUCUCGGAAGGUGUGCUAUUCCUUUGCAGUAUAUUGAUAGGAGAUUGGAUCACAGACCUAUUAACAGUAAGUGGUAUAAUCUUGAAAAGCAUAUAAUGGUUGAGGGAGAAAAGAAGAAGGAAAUCAAGUUUGCAAGCAGGCUUCACAUGAGGCUAUAUUUGGAAGGAGGUUAUCAUGUUCUGGAUGAGUCAACCCAUUACAGUAGUGAUCUUAGACCAACUGCAAAACAGCUGUGGAAGUCCAGCAUUGGUGUCCUAGAAUUGGGUAUUCUGAAUGCUCACGGCCUCUCGCCGAUGAAAACAAAAGAUGGGCGGGCAACAACAGAUGCCUAUUGUGUUGCCAAAUAUGGGCAAAAGUGGGUCCGAACAAGGACAAUUAUAGAUAGUUUCGCUCCCAAGUGGAACGAGCAAUACACUUGGGAAGUAUUUGAUCCAUGCACUGUCAUAACUAUUGGUGUAUUUGAUAAUUGUCAUCUGCAUGGAGGAGAUAAAUCCGGAGGGGCAAGAGACUCGAGGAUUGGGAAGGUCAGGAUCCGGCUUUCAACUCUUGAAACAGAUCGUGUUUACACACAUUCUUAUCCACUACUGGUCUUGCAUCCUACCGGGGUGAAGAAGAUGGGUGAAAUUCACUUGGCUGUAAGAUUUACUUGCUCAUCAUUAAUGAAUAUGAUGCAUAUGUAUUCUCAGCCACUGCUACCUAAAAUGCACUAUAUUCAUCCUUUAACUGUCAGCCAGCUCGACAGCUUAAGGCAUCAAGCCACUCAGAUUGUCUCAAUGAGGCUGAGUCGUGCUGAGCCACCUUUGAGGAAAGAGAUAGUGGAGUAUAUGUUGGAUGUUGGUUCCCACAUGUGGAGUAUGAGGAGAAGCAAAGCCAACUUUUUUAGGAUUAUGGGAGUUUUAGGUGGAUUAAUUGCUAUUGGAAGAUGGUUUGAUCAGAUAUGCCAUUGGAAAAACCCCAUUACGACUGUUCUGAUCCAUAUCUUGUUCUUGAUACUGGUUCUAUAUCCGGAGCUUAUUCUGCCUACCAUUUUCCUUUAUCUCUUCUUAAUCGGAGUUUGGUAUUACAGAUGGAGGCCUAGAAAUCCUCCCCACAUGGAUACUCGUCUUUCUUGUGCUGAUAAUGCACAUCCUGAUGAACUGGACGAGGAAUUUGAUACUUUCCCUACUUCACGUCCUCCUGAUAUUGUUCGGAUGAGGUAUGACCGUUUGAGAAGUAUUGCAGGACGGAUACAGACUGUGGUUGGUGACUUGGCUACUCAAGGCGAGAGGCUGCAGUCUUUGCUUAGCUGGAGAGACCCUAGAGCAACCGCACUGUUUGUUAUUUUCUGCUUGAUUGCUGCCAUUGUGCUCUAUGUCACGCCUUUCCAAGUUGUGGCACUCUUGACUGGAUUUUAUGUGUUAAGACAUCCGCGGUUCCGUCACAAGCUACCAUCUGCGCCGCUUAAUUUCUUCAGAAGAUUGCCUGCAAGAACAGACUGCAUGCUAUGAACUCUACAUUUUGCUUCUGUUAAUCUUUAUCAUCCUGUGUUUUCCCCCUUUCCUUUUGUCUCGAAUCGAUGAAAAUGAUGUAAAAAAGUUGGGCUUUUCUCCCCUUUCACCAAGUGGUGAAUGUUAGAUCCUACUCCAUGUGUAAGAUCUCCCUGAACUAUUAGAUCUAGUGAAUUUACUGUUUAUUUAUUCUAAAAGUGUUGGCUGCUUGAUGCAAAUCUAUAUUCUUAUAUUUUGUAGUCAGUUUUGAUUUCUUAAUAAACUAGUAUUCCUUAA